AGCGGCUGGGAAGCCGCGGGGCGUCCGAAGAAAGGAGGCGUACCUGACAAGUGGCUGGGAGCCGCAGGGCAUCUGACAAGGGAGGCACACUCGAACCAAGAAGUGAGCAGCUAAUAUGGGAACUGCUGCGUCAGCAGAUUUGAUACGCAUCACGGAGCGGUGGGGAGAAAAGUUCCCCUCUGAUGCGUUAUCCCGCCUGUUGCGGUGGGGACGAAGAGGGGGACUUUCCGUUCAAUCAAGUAAUAAUACUGUUUGGGAGCGGUUGGGCUGUGAGCUCUGGAAAUCGGUGGCUCAGGGCGAUAAGGAGGUUUUCUCCCUGAGUCCAGUAUGGCUCACCGCGCAGAGACGAUUGGAGGAGUUUGAGGAUGAGAGAAGACAACUUCAGAAAAUGGCUGAUUUUGCAGUAACACUGGAGCGAGAACUGGAACAGGUUAAAUUGAUUCUGCAUCAGCGAGAUCUACAGUUUGAAUCUUUACAGCAAGAGCAUCUAGUGCUCAUGAAGCAGCUCACCUUAACCCAAGAAUCAUUGCACACCAAAGAGCAGUCCCUAAAUGACCUACAGACUCAAUAUGAUGAGCUGGUGGCCAGGUUAGAGGAAUUCCAGGGUGAUGUUAUUUCUAAGGAUGACACGAUCCAAUAUUUGCAGAAUGAGAAGAUUGUCCUAGAGGUAGCUCUGCAGGCAGCAAAAGCAAGCAAAGAAGAACUUGAUGAAGGAGCAAACUUCUUAGGUGAAAGUACUGAGGCAGUAUCAGAAAUCUUGGCACAAUUGAAACAGGUGGAAAAUCUGCAACAGGAAAGUGCCAGCCUGAAGAAACAGACCCAAAAAGUAAAGGAGCAGUUCUUACAGCAAAAGGUAAUGGUGGAAGCUUAUCAAAGAGAUGCAAGUUCACAGGACCAGCUGAUUAGUGAAUUGAAAUCUACAAAGAAGCAGCUGGAUUUGGAAGUGAAAGAAUUAAAACGGGAGUUACUGAAACUUCGAAGUGAAAAGCAGUCCAUUGAUGUUGAAUGCUCAAGACUUCAGAAGGAAGUAUCCCAGGUUCACCAGCAGAUAGUGGAGUUAGAAAGCCACCUCCAGUCAGUGCAAAAAGAACAGGAUGCACAAAUCGCUGAUGGAGGAAAUAACCAGGCUUCCCAUGAACGGAUUCAAGCUUUGGAGAUAGAGCUGCAGGCUGUUAGCCACAGUAAGAUGAUGUCGGAGAAAGAGCUGCAAGAAGUAAUUUCAAUCACCAGCCAGGAGCUUCGAGAAUCUAGAGGUUUCAGGAGAAAGAUAAAACGUUUGGAAGAAAUAAAUAAGAAAUUGACCCUCGAACUGGAACAUGAACGGGGGAAGCUCACUGGUUUUGGUCAGUCUAACAUUGCUUUGCGAGAGCACAGCAACAUCCCCGAAACAGUACUAGCAGAGAGAGAGGCAGACCUGGUGCAGCUGAAUCUCCGGGUUCAAGCAGUCCUAAAUAUUCAAGCUUUACAGACUGCCUUAGAAAGAGAAAAGUCAAAAGUUAAUAACCUUCAAAAGCAGGUUGCGGCAGCCAAAGUAGAUGCAGCACAUAACCGUCGUCAUUAUAGAGCUGCUGUUCUUGAGCUGAGUGAAAUUAAGAAGGAGCUACGAGCCAAAGAACUGCUUGUCCAAACCCUUCAGGCUGAAGCAGACAAACUACACGCUAUUAUUGAAUGUGCUCAUGCCUCUUUUAAGGCGCUCCUUUUAAGACAAAAAGGGGGGAUUUGCAGUGAGCGGGCAGACGCCUUGGAUAAGACGCCUGCCGCUCGGUUGCUGCAAGCUCUUUACGUGCUUAAUUGGUUACAUCUUGGUAAAAACAGCCAGGUGCCCCCCGCGAUUAAACAUGUCAGCGGGAUGACUGGGGAAGAGCAGGGUGCGGCCCCCCGACCCUCGGUCAAAUGGUUUGAUUAUCAGCAGCAAAUAUGGAAAGGACCAGUUGACUUGCUAACGUGGGGCAGGGGUUAUGUGUGUGUUGCCACUGAUGCGGGUCCCAGGUGGAUGCCAGCAAGGUGGGUCCGGCCUUGGUUGCGUCCUCCGGAGUGACGGCAGGCAGAUGCGGAGGAGCCUCACGAGACGCGCUCAGAUGUCGCGAAACCAGAGCCCCCGGAGGAGAGCUGUUUGUUAGCUCUGCCAGGACUUUUUCUGUCUGAUCCUCCAUGAAUGAAUUACUCACUUGAGAUGAUUUUUUGUGUUUGAAAGAAAAUCUGUGUGGUACCAUGCAAUUAUUAUUUAGAACUAAGAUUUAUGUUUUAUGUUCCUUGUUAUGUUUUGUGUUGUCUGUUUUCUGGCCAGAAUUGUUGUUGUAUUGUCAUGUG